AUGGCGCUCUUCAAACAGUACGACAAUUUUCUGCUUAACAACGCUUCCCAAAUCACAGCCGUCGAGAGCUCACUGCGCUCUAUCACUUACUUCCUACCCGGUCGAUUCAAAGAUGCCGAGCUCGCGGGCGAGGCCAUCUAUGCUUCGCUCAACUUGCUCGGACUAUACCACGAUUCUAUCCUCGCUCGAGCGCUCGAAAGCCAAAAUGCACCCGCCAGCGACGCUGCUGCAACCGCGCUCACUGAAAAGAGCACCCUUCCAGCCAGCCCAGUUCCCCUCGGUGCAGUAGGACAGCACGUUGGCGCUGCUGCAACAGGUCUCACGCCUUCAGAACAUGCGAGGUAUACCAACCACUUUUCGCGCACCUCUAAGAACUACAACCGUGUCGCACGCACACUCGUCAUUGUGGGUUACUUCGAAUUGCUGGCCGAAAUGGUCGCAAGGAGGAAGCUCGGUCGUAGAAAGGCUUGGGAUGUCGUCGCUGCUAUUGAAUCGCUCAAGGUUGUAUUGCGCUUGAGCUUGGUCCACAUGACUGGCUCUCGAAUGGUCAUAAAUCCGCCCAUCCCGGAGCGCGAGGUCGACCCUGCUGCACUCGAGCAAGAAAGAGCAAAGACGAUGGGCAAGCUCGCAGAUCGACUCGAGCUCGCCUCCAGUUCUUUACUUUCCUCCUCCUCAGCCGCACAACCACCAAAAGGCUUCUGGAAGGGCUCUCGCACUGGUCUCUUGCGGCCCACGCUUGCUUCGCUCCGACCCGGCUACGAAGACGUUGAGCAGCAACCACCUGCUUCUACUACCACAGACCCAGACCGCCGACCGCCACAUCUUCGAGCCCUGCGCAUCAAUGCAGCCCAAUCCGGUUCCGACACGGACGACACCUUGGUGGACUCGACCCGACUCCACCCAUCCACAACGCUGGCACACACCCCAGCCAAUGCAACAGAUGCCCUCUCCAGCUCCUCUUCCACCGUCGCUACGUUGCGCAAGGACCCUCCUUCGCCUCCCGUCAACAUGAAGCCGUGGUCCGAGUCCCAGAUCAACGAUUACCUGCUCUCGCGCGUUCUCACCGUCAAUGAUGUCCGCAAGCCCGAAGACCUGGUACGUCCCCUUCGCAACCGUACCGGUCACCUCGCUGAAGUCUUCUGGAUCCUUCGACCUCUCGUCUACGUCCUGGCUCUGCGCAAAUGGGGACGAACCGCCACACUGCCGUUUGUGCUGUCCUUUGUCAUCGAGUACGUUGCCAAAGACCUUCGCAACCGCUCCUUUGCCCCCGCCGUUGCUCAGCCCAAGGGCUUGUUCGCCACCAACCCGCUCCUUGCGGCCGUCAUGGGCCAGAACCCGCUCACCUCGAUCCUAGCCUCGCUCUUUAUGGGCCCCUCUGCCGCCGAUAAGCUCAAGCGCCCCAUCUCUUCCGUCGAGGAAGCAGAAUGGACCAAGCGCGGCAACUCGUUCUGGUGGUAUCUCCUCCGCGGCCCUCUUUGGCACUCAUUCACCCGCCCCAAACUCGCAGGUCUCGCAGACCGCACCCAGGGCAAGUUCCUCAUCGGCAUGCUUGGCGCUAUCAUCGGCGACUAUCUCCCGCUCAUCGACGAGUACUACUAUUAUUCUGCCACCUGA